ACCAAUAGGAAUGCUCCAAACAAAAAUAUCCAUGCUUUUUAUCCACCAAAAAAAAAAAUAUACAUGCUUUCAAAUUCUAUAUAAAUGGGUACGGUAUGUCCCCAUAUUGAACACAACCAACUCUUAGAAAAAAUAUCCCCUACUCUUGGAGAUGAAGAUGUAUCUUCCAAUCCUCUUCGUCGUUUCGCUUCUCUUCUCCUACUCUCAUGGAUCAGUGCUAGACUUCUGUGUGGCAGACUUCUCAUUGCCCGAUGGACCUGCAGGCUACUCUUGCAAGAAACCUGCUAACGUGACGGUUAAUGAUUUUGUUUAUUCAGGUUUAGGCAUUGCUGGUAACACUAGCGAUCUUCUCAAAGCUGCGGUUACACUAGCAUUUGUAGAUCAAUUUCCUGGUUUGAAUGGGCUUGGCCUUUCCAUGGCACGUUUAGAUCUAGCCGUGGGUGGAGUUGUGCCAAUCCACACGCACCGUGGAGGUUCAGAAAUCAUUUUUGUGGUGGAAGGAACAAUUUGUGCCGGAUUCAUAUCUUCUUCGACCAACGCUGCUUAUUUUAAAACUCUUUACAAAGGGGAUGUUAUGAUUUUCCCACAAGGGCUAUUGCAUUUUCAAUUCAAUAUUGGAAAUAUACCGGCUCUUGCGAUUGUUAGUCUCAAUAGCCCAAACCCGGGUGUCGACUUCACUGAUUCUGCGUUGUUUGGCAACAAUUUGCCUUCUGCAGUGGUGGAGAAGGUAACUUUCCUUGAUCAUGCUCAGGUCAAGAAGCUCAAGGCUGUUUUUGGUGGCACUGGUUAAGAAAGGCCUUUGAAGACUAUUUAUUUUUAUUGUUAUUUUUUAUUACAAUAAGGCUACGGGUCAAGAAAUGUUUAUUAGGAAAUGAAUCAUGAAUGAGUUGGCAUUGACCAACUCAUCUUGGUGGAGCCCCCAUAUGUUAUUAAAAAUAAAUAAAUAAAUAAAUAAGAGAAGUUGGAAAGACUA